AGACGUCUCCCACAACCUGCUCCGGGCGCUGGACGUCGGGCUCCUGGCGAACCUCUCGGCGCUGACGGAGCUGGACAUAAGCAACAACAAGAUUUCUACAUUAGAAGAAGGAAUAUUUGCUAAUUUAUUUAAUUUAAGUGAAAUAAACCUGAGCGGGAACCCGCUGGAGUGUGACUGUGGUCUGGCCUGGCUGCCGCGCUGGGCAGAGGAGCAGCAGGUCCACGUGGUGCGGCCCGAGGCAGCCACGUGCGCUGGGCCCGGCCCCCUGGCCGGCCGGCCCCUCCUCAGCGGCCCCCUGUUGGACAGCAGCUGUGGUGAGGAGUACGUCGCCUGUGUCCCUGAUGACAGCUCGGGCGCCGUGACUCUGGUGGCUUUCUCAGCUGCCCACGAGGGCCCGCUGGCCCCUGAGGCCUGCAGCGCCUUCUGCUUCGCGGCUGGCCAGGGCCUCGCGGCCCUCUCAGAGCAGGGCAGGUGUCUGUGCGGGUUGGCCCGGCCUCCCAAUGCCUCUUCGGCCUGCCUACCCUCCUGCUCCAGCCCCUCACUGCCCCCCGCCCCCACCUGCUGGGGGCCCACCCUCCUCCAGAACAUCUUCCCUGCCUCCCCAGGGGCUGCCCUGGUGGGGCCCCAAGGACCCCUGGCCUCUGGCCAGCCUGCAGCCUUCCACGUCACUGCCUCACUGCCCGUCAGCUCCACGCGCUGGGACUUCGGCGAUGGCUCCCCUGAGGUGGACAUUGCUGGCCCGGAUGCCACUCACCACUAUGUGCUGCCUGGGCGCUAUCCCGUGACGGCCGUGCUGGCCCUGGGGGUCGGCUCUGCUCGCCUCUGGGCAGAGGUGCGGGUGGAGGCGGCUCCCAUAGCCCUGGAGCUCAUGUGUUUGGCCUCUGUGCAUAGCGACGAGACCCUGAAGCUUGGCGUCCGAAACCGUGGCGGCUCCGGCCUCGAGGCCACCUACAGCAUCGUGGCCCUGGGCGAGGAGCCAGCCCGAGUGGUGCAUCCGCUCUGCCCCUCGGACACUGAGAUCUUCCCUGGUAACGGGCACUGCUACCGCCUGGUGGUGGAGAAGGCGGCCUGGCUGCAGGCUCAGGAGCAGUGCCGGGCCUGGGCCGGGGCUGCCCUGGCCAUGGUGGACAGUCCUGCCGUCCAGCACUUCCUGGUCUCCCGCGUCACCAGGAGCCUGGACGUGUGGAUCGGCUUCUCGGCUGUGGAGGGGGUAGAGGUGGGCCCAGCGCCACAGGGUGAGGCCUUCAGCCUGGAGAGCUGCCAGAACUGGCUGCCCGGGGAGCCACACCCCGCCACAGCUGAGCGCUGCGUGCGGCUCGGGCCUGCUGGGCAGUGCAACACGGACCUGUGCUCGGCACCGCACAGUUACGUCUGUGAGCUCCGGCCCGGAGGCCCUGUGUGGGAUGCAGAGAACUUCCUCGUGGGAGCACCCAGUGGGGACCUGCAGGGGCCCCUGAGCCCCCUGGUGCAGCAGGAGGCCCUCACAGCCCCCCGGGAGUCCGUUGAGGUGAUGGUGUUUCCUGGCUUGAGCCCGAGCCGCGAAGCUUUCCUCACUGCUGCCGAGUUCGGGACCCUGGAGCUCGGUGGGCCUGCCCAGCUGCGGCUGCAGGUGUAUCGGGCCAUGCGAGGAACAGGGGCCCCAGGAAACAGCAGCGAGCCCCGGAGUAGGUCCCUGGAAAACAGGACUGAGUCCAUCCCUACAUGCACACCAGAAGGACACCCGUGCCCUAGAUCCAACAUCUGCCUGCCUCUGGAUGCCCCCUGCCACCUUCGGGCCUGUGCCAAUGGAUCCACAUCAGGGCUGGGGCUCCCUGGGGUCUCCUAUGCAUUGUGGAAAGAGUUCCUCUUCUCUGUGCCUGCGGGCGCCCCCGCCCAGUACUCGGUCACCUUCCACGGCCAGGACAGCCCCCUGCUCCCUGGUGACCUCAUCAGCUUGCAGCACGAUGCCGGACCGGGCGCCUUCCUGCGCUGCCCCACGGCACUCGGCAUCCCUGGCUCCGAGGCCCCGUACUUCUCCACCAACGUCUCAGCCUGGCUGGCCCACCUGCCUGCCCAGCUGGAGGCGGGCCCGGCUGGCCCUGCCUGUGCCCUGCGGCUGCUUGUUGCCACAGAGCGGCUCACCCCUCUGCUGGGCCUGAGCCCCAACCCGGGGCUGCGGCGGCCGGGGCGCUAUGAGGUCAGGGCUACAGUGGGCAACAGCGUGUCCAGGCACAACCUGUCCUGCAUCUUCAACGUGCUCUCCCCGGUGGCAGGCCUUCGGGCCAUCUACCCGGCCCCCUACGACGGCCGCCUCUACAUGCCCACCAACGGCUCGACCUUGGUGCUCCAGGUGGACUCUGGCACCAACGCCACGGCCACGGCAUGCUGGCCUGGGGGCAACGUCAGUGCGCCCUUCAAGGCUGCCUGCCCUGCCGCUGUGGCUGCCCUGGUGCCCGACUGUGCCCACGAGGCCAAUAGCACCCUGUUCUCGGUGCUGACGCUGCCCGGGCUCAGCGAGGGUGAACACGAUGUGGAGGUUGUGGUGGAGAACGGUGCCGGCCGGGCCAACCUCAGCCUGCGGGUGAAGGCUGAGGAGCCCAUCCGCGGUCUCCGCGCCACGCCCAGCCCUGAGGCCCGCGUGCUGCAGGGUGUCCUGGUGAGGUACAGCCCCGUGGUAGAGGCUGGCUCGGACGUGGUCUUCCGCUGGACCAUUGAUGACAAGCAGUCCCUGACCUUCCACAAUGUGGUCUUCAACGUCAUCUACCAGAGCGCCGCCGUCUUCAAGCUCUCGCUGACGGCCUCCAACCACGUGAGCAACGUCACUGUGAACUACAACGUCACCGUCGAGCGGAUGCACAGGAUGCGGGGCCUGCGGGUGUCUGCGGUGCCGCCCGUGCUGCCCCCCAAUGCCACGCUGGCGCUGGCGGCUGAUGUGCUGGUGGACUCGGCCAUGGAGGUCGCCUUUCUGUGGACCUUCGGGGAUGGGGAGCAGGUGAUCGGCCAGUUCAAGCCUCCAUACAACGAGUCCUUCCAGGUCCCAGACCCCACAGUGGCCCAGGUGCUGGUGGAGCACAACAUCACACACACCUACACUGUCCCAGGUGAAUACAACCUGACCCUGCUCGUGUCCAGUACCUUCGAGAACCUGACGCAGCAGGUGCCUGUGAGUGUGCGCGCCACCCUGCCUGCUGUGGCCGUGGCCGCAGGCAGCCGGGUCCUGGUGGCUGGCUGGCCUGUCACCUUCUUCCCGCACCCGCUUCCCUCACCCGGGGGUGUCCUAUACACGUGGGACUUCGGGGAUGGCUCCCCAGCUGUAACACAGCCCCAGCCAGAGGUCAACCACACGUUCGCCUCGAGGGGCGCAUACCACAUCCGACUGAAGGUCAACAACACGGUGAGUAGCGCAGUGGCGAGUAUCAGCGUCCAUGUCUUUGAGGAGCUCCGUGGCCUGACCGUGAGCCUGAGCCCGGCCGUGGAGCAGGGUGCACCCGUGGUGGUCAGCGCCACCCUGGAUUCGGGCAACAACGUCACAUGGACUUUCGACAUGGGGGACGGCACAGUGCUCAUGGGCCCUGAGGCCACGGUAGAGCACGUGUACCUGCGGGCGCAGAAUUGCACGGUGACCGUGGGCGCGUCCAGCCCCACUGGAAACCUGGCCCGGAGCCUGCCCGUACAGGUCUUCGUCCUGGAGGUGCUGUGGAUCGACCCUACGGCCUGCAUCCCCACCCAGCCCCACGCCCAGCUCACAGCCCACGUCACUGGGGACCCUACCAACUACAUCUUCGACUGGACCUUUGGGGACGGCUCGUCCAACACGACCGUCCGGGGGGACCCGACAGUGAUGCACAAUUUCACACGUAGUGGUACAUUCCCCCUGGUGCUGGUCCUGUCGAGCCACGUGAACAAGGCGCAUUACUUCAGCAGCAUCUGCGUGGAGCCCGAGGUGGGCAACAUCACUGUGCGGCCCGAGAGGCAGUUCGUGCGGGUCGGGGACGCGGCCCGGCUAGUUGCCUGCACCUGGCCCCCAUUCCCCUACCGCUACACCUGGGACUUCGGCACCGAGGAUGCUGCUGCCCGCGUCGGGGGCCCCGAGGCCACAUUCACCUACUGGGACUCAGGUUCCUACCUGGUGACGGUCACCGUGUCCAACAACAUCUCAGCCGCUAACGACUCGGCCCUCGUGGAGGUGCAGGAGCCUGUGCAUCUCACAGGCAUCAGGGUCAAUGGCUCACACGUGCUGGAGCUGCAGCAACCCUACCUGUUCUCUGCUGUGGGACGUGGGCACCCCGCCACCUACCUGUGGGAGCUGGGUGAUGGCGGGCGGCUCCAGGGCCCUGUGGUCACCCACGCCUACAGCAGCACGGGCUGCUUCCCCGUCAGGGUGUCCGGCUGGAACGAGGUGAGCCGUGGGGAGGCCCAGCUGAAUGUCACCGUGCAGCGGCGUGUGCGGGGGCUCAGCGUCAAUGCCAGCCGCACGGUGGUACCCCUGAACGGCAGCGUGAGCUUCAGCACCUCCCUGGAGGCAGGCAGUGACGUGCACUACUCCUGGGUCCUCUGUGACCGCUGCACGCCCAUCCCUGGGGGCCCCACCAUCUCCUACACCUUCCGGUCUGUCGGCACCUUCAACAUCAUUGUCACGGCUGAGAAUGAUGUGGGCACCGCCCAGGACAGUAUUUUCAUCUAUGUCCUGCAGCACAUCGAGGGGCUGCAGGUGAUGGGUGGCAGCGGUAGCUGCUGCUUCCCCACCAACCGCACGCUGCAGCUGCAGGCCGCAGUCAGGGAUGGCACCAACAUCUCCUACAGCUGGACCGCUCAGCGGGACAGUGGCCUGGCCCUGGCUGGCAGCGGCAAAGCCUUCUCGCUCACCGUGCUUGAGGCUGGCACCUACCACGUCCAGCUGCGGGCCACCAAUAUGCUGGGCAGUGCCUCGGCCAACCGCACCGUGAACUUUGUGGAGCCUGUGGGGUGGCUGGCCGCCGCCGCCUCCCCAAACCCGGUGGCUGUCAAUGCAAGUGUCGCCCUCCGCGCUGAGCUGGCUGGUGGCAGUGGUGUCACUUACACCUGGUCCCUGGAGGAAAGGCUGAGCUGGGAGACCCCAGAGCCAUCCACCACCCAUACCUUUCCCAGCCCCGGCCUGCACUUGGUCACAGUCACGGCCAAGAACCAACUGGGCUCAGCCAACGCCAGCAUUGAGGUGGCUGUGCAAGUGCCUGUCAGUGGCCUCAGCAUCAGGGCCAGUGAACUGGACUGCAGCUUUGUGGUGGCCAGUUCCACCGUGCCUUUCUGGGGGCAGCUGGCCUCGGGCACCAACGUGAGCUGGUGCUGGGCUGUGCCGGGUGGCAGCAGGCAUGGCCAGCACAUCGCCGUGGUCUUCCCUGACGCCGGCACCUUUUCCAUUCAGCUCAACGCCUCCAACGCAGUCAGCUGGGUUGUGGCCACACACAACCUCACGGUGGAGGAACCCAUCAUGGGCCUGGUGCUAUGGGCCAGCAGGAAGGUGGUGGAGCCCGGGCAGCUGGUUCACUUUCAGAUCCUGCUGGCCGCCGGCUCGGCCGUCAGCUUCCACCUACAGGUCAGCGGGGCUGGCCUCGAGGUGCUCCCUGGGCCCCACUUCUCCCGCAGCUUCCCCCGGGUCGGGGACUACACGGUGAGCAUCCAGGCCGAGAACCACGUAAGCCGGGUGCAGGCGCAGGUGCGUGUCUCGGUGCUGGAGGCCGUGGGUGGGCUCCAGGUGCCCGACUGCUGCGAGCUGGCCAUCGCCACGGGCACCGAGAGGAACUUCACGGCCCGGGUGCAGCGGGGUUCCCGUGUUGCCUAUGCGUGGUACUUCUCACUGCAGAAGGUCCAGGGGGACUCGCUGGUCAUCCUGUCGGGUCGCGAUGUCACCUAUACCCCCGUGGCUGCGGGGCUGCUGGAGAUCCAUGUGCGAGCCUUCAACGAGCUGGGUGGUGUGAACCACACGCUCGUGGUUGAGGUCCAGGACAUCAUUCAGCACGUGGCGCUGCACAGCGGCCGCUGCUUCACCAACCGCUCGGCCCGCUUCGAGGCUGCCACGAGCCCCAGCCCCCGGCGUGUGGCCUACCACUGGGACUUUGGGGAUGGGGCCCUGGCAGAGGACACGGAGGUUCCCUGGGCAGCUCACUCCUACCUGCAGCCUGGGGACUACCGCGUGGAGGUGAAUGCCUCCAACCUGGUGAGCUUCUUUGUGGCGCAGACCACGGUCACCGUCCAUGUGCUGGCCUGCAGGGAGCCCGAGGUGGAUGUGGCCCUGCCCCCACAGGUACUUAUGCGGCGCUCCCAGCGCAACUACCUGGAGGCCCACGUUGACCUACGCGACUGCGUCACGUACCAGACUGAGUACCGCUGGGAGGUGUACCGCGCUACCAGCUGCCAGCGGCCUGGGCGCAUGGCCCGGGUGACCCUGCCCAGUGUGGAUGUGAGCCGGCCCCAGCUGGUGGUGCCACGGAUGGUGCUGCCUGUGGGCCACUACUGUUUUGUGUUCGUGGUGUCGUUUGGGGACACACCGCUGGCACGGAGCAUCCAGGCCAAUGUGACAGUGGCCCCUGAGCACCUGGUGCCCAUUGUCGAGGGUGGCUCCUACCGUGUGUGGUCGGACUCUCAGGACCUGGUGCUGGAUGGGAGCAAGUCCUAUGACCCCAACCUGGAGGACGGUGACCAGACGCCGCUCAGCUUCCACUGGGCCUGCGUGGCCUCGACGCAGAGUGAGACUGGCGGGUGUGCGCUGAACUUCGGGCCCCGUGGGAGCAGUGUGGUCACCAUCCCCCGGGAGCGUCUGCAAGCCGGUGUGGAGUAUACCUUCAACCUGACCGUAUGGAAGGCAGGCCGCAAGGAGGAGGUCACCAACCAGACGGUGCUGAUCCGGAGUGGCCGGGUACCCAUCGUGUCCUUGGAGUGUGUGUCUUGCAAGGCGCAGGCGGUGUAUGCAGUGAGCCGCAGCUCCUAUGUGUACCUGGAGGGCCGCUGUGACAACUGCGGCGGGGGCUCCGAGCGCGGGCGCUGGGCCGCACGCAGCUUUAGCAAUGAGACACUGGUGCUGGACGAGACAACCACGUCCACGGGCAGUGCGGGCAUGCGGCUGGUGGUGCGGCGCGGCGUGCUGCGCGACGGCGAGGGCUACACGUUCACGCUCACGGUGCUGGGCCGCUCGGGCCAGGAGCAGGGCUGCGCCUCCAUCCAUCUUGCCCCAAACCGCCCUCCACUGGGGGGCUCCUGCCGCCUUUUCCCGCUCGAGGCCGUGCGCGCCCUCACCACCAAGGUGCACUUCGAGUGUGUGGGCUGGCAGGACGAGGAGGACGCGGGUGCUCCACUGGUGUAUGCCCUGCUGCUGCAGCGCUGUCUCCAGGGCCACUGCGAGGAGUUCUGUGUCUACAAGGGCAGCCUCUCCACCUAUGGGGCCGUGCUGCCGCCCGGUUUUGCACCCCACUUUGUAGUGGGCCUGGCUGUAGUAGUGCAGGACCAACUGGGUGCCGCCGUGGUCGCCCUCAACAGGUCUCUGGCCAUCACCCUGCCAGAGCCCCCUGGGGAGUCCCCCAACGGCCUCCCAGAUCUCACGCCCUGGCUGUACAGCCUCACAGAGAGCACGCUGCCUGGGCUGCUGCGCCAGGCCGACCCCCAGCACGUCAUUGAGUACUCGCUGGCCCUCAUCGCUGUGCUCAACGAGUACGAGCAGGCCCUGGCCAUGGCGGCAGAGCCAGACCCCAGGCGGCAGCUGCGCGCCCAGAUACGCAAGAACGUCACUGAGACCCUGGUCUCCCUGCGGGUCAACACCGUGGACGACAUCCAGCAGGUUGCGGCCGCCCUGGCCCAGUGCACGGUGUCCAGCUGGGAAUUCGUGUGCCACUCGUGCCUGAAGAAGACACUGCACAAGCUAGAGGGCAUGAUGCGCAUCCUGCAGGCUGAGACCGCUGCGGGCACCGGGACGCCCACUGCCAUUGCCGACAGCAUCCUCAACAUCACAGGCGACCUCAUCCACCUGGCCAGUUUGGACGUGCAGGGCCCACAGCCCUCGGAGCUGGGGGCAGAGCCACCGUCGCUACUGGUGGCGUCCAGGGCCUACCAGCUCUCAUCGGCCCUCAUGGGCAUCCUCAUGCGCUCCCGUGUGCUCAACGAGGAGCCCCUGACCCUGGCGGGUGAAGAGAUCGUGGCACAGGGCAAGCGCUCGGACCCGCUGAGUCUGCUGUGCCAGGGCAACGCGUCGGGCCCCGGCUGCCACUUCUCCAUCCCCGCAGCCUUCAGCGGGGCCCUGUCCAACCUCAGUGAUGUGGUGCAACUCAUCCUCCUCGUUGACUCCAACCCCUUCCCCUUUGGCUACAUCAGCAACUACACUGUCUCCACCAAGGUGGCGUCCAUGGCUUUCCAGACACAGGCCGGCACCCAGAUCCCCAUCGGGCAGCUGGCCUCAGAGCGCGCCAUCACCGUGAAAGUGCCCAACAACUCAGACCAGGCUGCCCAGGGCCACCGCAUCCCUGCUGGCUCCACCAUCGUCCAGCCCCAGGCCUCAGUCAGUGUCGUGGUCACCCCCGAGAACAGCAACCCCGAGGCCGGGCUUCACCUGCAGCUUACUUUCAUGGUGCUGAACGGGCACUACCUGCCGGAGGAGCCUGAGCCCUACCUGGCCGCCUACCUGCACACUGUGCCCUGGCCCAACGAGCACAACUGCUCCGCCAGCAGGAGGAUCAGCCUGGAGGUCCUGGCAGGCGACGACCACAGGCCUUACACCUUCUUCAUUGCCCCGGGGACCAGAGAUCUGGGCGCGAGCUACUACCUGAACCUGACCAGCCACUUCCGAUGGUCAACACUGGAGGUGUCCGUGGGUCUGUACACGUCCCUCUGCCAGUACUUCAGCGAGAAGGAGAUGGCAUGGCGGACGGAGGGCCUCGUGCCCCUAGAGGAGACCUCGCCCAGCCAGGCUGUCUGCCUCACCCGCCACCUCACCGCCUUCGGUGCCAGUCUCUUUGUGCCUCCCAGCCACGUCCGCUUCAUCUUCCCCGAGCCAGCCUCAAGCGUGAACUACAUUGUCCUGCUGACGUGCACUGUGUGCCUGGUGACCUACGCGGUCACGGCUGUGAUCCUGCGUAAGCUGGACCAGCUGGACGUCAGCCGGGUCCGCGUCAUCCCGUUCUGCGGGAAGGGGGGCCGCUUCAAGUAUGAGAUCCUGGUCAAGACCGGCUGGGGCCGGGGCUCAGGGACCACAGCUCAUGUGGGCAUCAUGCUGUACGGGGCGGACAGCCGCAGCGGCCACCGGCACCUGGAUGGGGACGGAGCCUUCCACCGCAACAGCCUGGACAUCUUCCAGAUCGCCACCCCACACAGCCUGGGCAGCGUGUGGAAGAUACGCGUGUGGCAUGACAACAAAGGGCUGAGCCCCGCCUGGUUCCUGCAGCACAUCAUCGUCAGGGACCUGCAGAACGCCCGCAGCACCUUCUUCCUGGUCAACGACUGGCUGUCAGUGGAGACGGAGGCCAACGGGGGCCUGGUGGAGAAGGAGGUGCUGGCGGCAAGUGAUGUGGCCCUGCAGCGGUUCCAGCGCCUCCUGGUGGCCGAACUGCAGCGCGGCUUCUUUGACAAGCACGUCUGGCUCUCCAUGUGGGACAGGCCACCUCGGAGCCGCUUUACACGUGUCCAGCGAGCCACGUGCUGCGUCCUCCUCAUCUGCCUCUUCCUGGGUGCCAACGCUGUGUGGUACGGUGCUGUGGGAGAUGCUACCUACAGUGUGGGGCCCGCAUCCAGUCUGAUCCCACUGAGCAUCGACACCAUCGCCGUCGGCCUGGUGUCCAGCCUGGUUGUCUACCCCGUCUACCUGGCCAUCCUGUUCCUCUUCCGGAUGUCCCGGAGCAAGGUGGGCGGGGCUCCUGGAGCAUGGGCAUGGCUGACCCUGCCAAGGGCUGUGCUGUUCAGUAUGGCAGCCAGAGAGGGGUCAGGAGCCGGGGGAGAGAUGCAGGGUGUCAGAAUCAGGAGUGAACAGGGGUCACUGCUGACACCACCGAAGCAAACAGGACUGGCUGGGGAACUGGCUGAUGCCCACGUCUCAUAA